AUGGCGCCUCCGCAGGCCAACGACAAGGGCCUCCGCUCCGAGGGCAUCCUUCCUGCUGUCGGGGUGGGCGCCGCCGUGUACUUCACCCUUACAACUGUCUCUUUGGGGACCCUCGGGCUGGUUGGCAUCGGCGCUGGCGUGGGCUACGGCGUCGGGAGUUGGGCCAUGGACAGGUUCCGAGAAAAGCGAUGCCAGAAGAAGAUGGACCAGCUUCCUGCGGAGCUGAAGGAGGGCCUCCGUCAGUGGCAGGCCUUCCUGGCCUCCCGGACUUCGGGGAACCCAAACCCUGCCGAGGCCGAGGCACUGUUCGCGGAGUUCGCACAGUUCCAGCCCUUUUAUGCACAGCAGGUGCAGCAGUUCGUGCAUGCCCACGGUGGCAGCACUGCUGGUGGGGCGGCCUACAUGCAAGGAGGCGGUGCUCCUGCGCCUCAGGCAGUGCCGGUGCGCGUCGCAGCUGAAGUGUGA